GCAGGACUUAACUACUCUUUCUGAUUUUAUUUUGCUUCGUGCGCCAUAUCGACACCCAGGCUUUGCUUCAACUCCAACAGGCCCGGGCAAUUCGCGCGUGAUUGCCCAUACCGCCAACCUUCCUUUUCACAUCAACCCCGCACGCUUGUUUUCCCCCCGUUGUCUCCGCCUCCCUCCGCUGCAAAUCCAUCCAUGCUCCGCACCUCGCAGGCUCCGCUGCUCGCACUACCCCUCCCCCUUCCACUCAAUCAUCUAACUUAAACACCAACUCUAACUACUCGUCGGGCCAAAUCAUGGUUCCCAAGCAUCCGUGGUGGAAGCUAAAUCAGGAGAAACUGGACAAAGUCUUCGACUUCAUGGCGUCCGAGCUGGAAGCCAGGCAAGAAGCAAUUCGCGAGAAAGAAAGAAAGAUGAACGAAGAAGAGGAGAAACGCAAGGUGAAGGAGGCGGAGGACAAAGCGCUACGGAAACGAAAGGAGAGGCAAGAUUUUGAAGAACGGAUCGGGAAAAUCGUAGGCUCUAAGAUUAAUGAUGCAUGCGAGUUGUUCUUGGGGAAGUCUCAUGCGCAGAGGCACGUUGCUGCACCCGAAUCCUCACAGAGAACUCACAUCGAGGUGGAACGUGACCGACUCGAAAGGCAGAUUGAUACAUUACGCCGUGAGUACGAGUCCAUCAAGAAGGAUAUGGAGAAGCUCACCAGAACCGUGAAGUUAUCAGGGAAUGCUCUGAAGAGGUCGGGCGCCGGGGUGUGCAUCACCAGCCCUCUUGAGGCUCCUGCGAGAGGCAAGGCGAGAGUCGUUGGCGUUGGGACUCCUACUUUUGAUGACUUUCAAAAGUUACUCAAGGUGUUCAAUACUGUUAAGGAAAGCAAACGAAUCGCUGACAUGGAGGUGCAAGCCCUCAAGGAGAGAUUUGAACGAGCCAUUUCGAAGCUGGUGAGACAAGGCCGCACCCCUCGUUCCAAUCUCACAAGAAGGAUGAAUGAGGCACUAGACGACGACGAUCGGGUUGCACAGGAGAUACACGAAGAUGGUCUAGAUGAUCUCACCUUGAGACCAUCUCCACCAAAGAGGGUUUCGGAAUGACUCACUUCCAAGAACGCAGCCACAGAAAGAACCGAGUUUUUGAAGGAAACGAAGAAAUAUCUUAAGCGCCUGAAGAAGCACGGUUUGCAGAUCCUUUGCGACAAGGAGGGAAUUACGUUCGUGACUUGUGAACAGGCCAUCAAUGACAUUGCGGAAUUACGAGCCUCUCUAGCCUUUGAUCUGCGUCCACAACCAAGGCCGGCUCGCCCACCCCAAGACUCAGAAGCGGAGGAACCCAAAGACGACGAGCAUGAUGGGCUCAAUGGGCAGGCCACGCAGCACGUGGACAUUGAGGACGACGAGCGUAUCGCACAUGAAUAGGGGUUUCGCUUGAGCGAUGGAUCUUUAUGGACUCUCCUCAAGGCAUGUCUCUCCCUUCGUACUUCUAAGAUAGGUAUCCUAGAUCCUCACCUUAACCAUCUAUUGAGACUUACUGUUGUCGCUCUCAUCCUCUCCAAACAAAUUUCCUGGGGCUGG